ACGCGCGCCACCGUGGAGUUUCACUACAGCUCCUUUCGACACCACGAGUCAGUAGCGCUGCUUCCUACCGGCUUUUUUUUUUCUUUUUUCAUAUAUGUCUAUUUCUGUUCUCUCUCUCUCUUCUUUGCUCUUGAUAAUAAACCACAGAGCUAUGAUCAUAGCGCAACACAAACCUAUAGUAAAAAUACAGCCUUAAUCAGCAAACAGACUACAUCCAUCUGCAAAGGUUGCCAGGUGUCUGCUCCCUCGGUACACUGAGCCUGGUGGCAUGGUUCCAACCUGGAAUUCAUACCUCUGAUCUUCUCCCUGCAGAGACCAAACCGGUUAAAACACCAGAUCUUAUGUUUAUAGAAGAACAUGUUGAAGAUGAAGAGGAACCACCUUCACUGCUCAACUCCUGUGUUUUUUAUGCUGCUGUGGCCGUGGGUGGUGCUGGCUGCUCCAUGUCAGAUGGGUCAGACAUGUGUGUGUCUGCACUGUCCUGCUGGACAGGAGCCUUCCACGGCAUGCAGUGAAGUGGAGGGUCCUGACGCAGUGGUGGACUGUCGUCGCUGUCCGCCAGGCACUUUCUCAGACUCCCAUGGUCCAGAUCAGUGCAUUGUACACACACCAUGCAGGAGUCUGAACCGUCACCUGGUGAUGCCCAGCACGUCGGAGUCUGACGCAGUGUGUGGAGCCUGUCUGCCUGGGUUUAAUCCUGCCCCGAAAACACAGAGCUCCUCCACCCAGCGUUCCUGCAUGAGGACAUCUCUGGUGCGUUCACGGCGUAAUGCAGGAAAAAGUACCCGAGCAGGCGUAGCUGGAUCAGGAGGAGCAGGAAUGGGCAAGGCUAACAGCACAGCUGUGCAUGCAGCAGAGGAGAAGACUACAGAGUAUGCCGUGUUCGCUCUCGUCCCUGUGUUCUGUGUGAUGGGCCUGCUGGGCAUCCUCAUCUGCAACCUGCUCAAGAAGAAGGGCUACAAGUGUGCAGCAGAGAAGGAGAAUGUAGAGGGGGAGGCAGGCACGCUGCAGAAAGAUGGUAAUCCUUGCCCUUAUGUUAUAGAAGAUCAGAACGAAGACACUAUAAGUGCACUGGUGCGCCUCAUCACAGAAAAGAAAGAAAAUGCAGCUGCCUUGGAGGAGUUGUUACUUGAAUAUGAGAAGAAGCAGACAUCUGGUAGCAAAAGAUCAUCAAUCAAGUUCCCUGGCUUCCUCCAGUUCCGCUCAUUGCCCAGGCUUUGUAACCAUCAUCACCUCCAUACUAUCAAUGGUUUGGCCCUUCAUUCUGGUCUUGGCUGCUCACGCUGCAGUCAGAAGAAAUGGCCACAAGUGCUGUUGCCCCUCACCAUUGACACAAAUAAGACAUCCUGUGCUUCAUCUAUCCCCUCCUCACCUGGUGAGGGAAGGGUCCUCAAUGUAGGAAGGUUCCAAGUGGCUCAGAUCCUGGAGGGUGACCCAGUCCCUGUGGUGACAACCCCAGCAGUGUCCAGUGACACUGAUUCGUUAGACUCUACCAACAUGGAACCUGCUGAAGAAUUAUCUCUUCUGGGCGCGUGCUCUUCCGCAAACUCUCACUCAAAGCGCAGACAGGAUAUGAGUGAGUGAAUGGACGAGUAGAAGAACAAGUGAGUCAUCCUUCAGGACUACGUCCAUCAACACCACAUCGAGCACAACCUCAUCGGUGGGCGCCGGAAGUGUCGAGGCUGACGCAGGAUGGGAAUUGUAUUCACCCCUAUGGGGAGUUAGCCUUGAACUUAUACAGCCUGGAAAACAGGAACUGGUCUUUAUAGGAGUUUUAAAAGCUAUUUUAUUAUGGGUUUUGUUUUUGUUUUUUAAAGAAAAGAUGAGUGAGAAAACUUUGAAGAGGAGAAACGAGACCUGGCAUAGCACAUUGAUACAAAAAUGCAAAAUAUUACCACACAUUAUUGAAAUUGUAGUUUAGAUCUUUAUAAAUGUCCCACCAUGCAGGGCAAAACAUUACCAUUCUUAAUGGUACACAUACAGAAUAUCUUAGUACUGAAUGAAAUUUAAUCUUCUAACAUUGAUAGAUCACGUUAGAUUAUCUGACAGGCACAGGUAUCUCAAACACACUUCCUUGCAUGUCAGGAAACACUAAUCUUUUUUAUCCUCCAAAACAGGUACAGCACAUUGAAAUACUUUCUACACUGCUAUAAAUAACUCCUAAUUUGUAUAGUCUAGCAGUUAGGCUGGAAUUAACAGGUUUUUUUGUAUUCAGAGCAGUCUGAUUUGCCUGAAUAACAAGGUUUAAGUUCUCAAUGCAUUAGAGUCAGCUUUUGCCUUUGAGGGUGGAAUUGGGUCAUGUUUUAAGUAUUAAGAUCAGAAAAGCUGUAUGUGUUAUGCAUUUAGCUGCAUUUAGCUGUGCUGAGUAUUUGCUUUUAAAUCCUGAUCCUUCCACGUAUUGUUCAAUAUAUAUCAAUGUUUUUUUUAUUGAUUCUUAUUGAUAGGGGUGGGAAGGUUUGACAUUUUCACUCUACCUAGUCACAGGUAAUGACAGUUUUACUGUAACGAUUUCACGAAAGAUUUCAAAACAUUUUCCAUAAAAUCUUCUAGCUACUGUUUAUCAUGUUAAAAAGUUAAGCGAAUAGAAAGAAUAAGAAUUUGGGGAGGCACAGCCGGACACACAAGAGAUCAGUAUAUUUAAAGAAUAGAUAUCAAUAUUUUAAAGAGACAUUCGUUCAUACACCAUGAGUAACGAUGAUCACAAGACUUUUUCACGCCUCCUUCCUACAGUGCAGUUUAUUAUACCUAAUUAAACUCUUACAGCACUUAAUUAGCUGAGUAGGUGUGAAAGAUCAGGGAUAAAAAGGCUAAACUUCUUAGCACUGUAGCCCUUUAGGACUGUGUAAAGGAUAGUAAACUAUCCUUUACUUCCUCCAUUAUCUUGAUUUUAUAAUAAUGAAUAAUAACAAAUUCAGGAUUUAGCUUUAUUACAUUUCAUCAUUACUAGCUAUGACAUGAGGAAAAUGCAUUUGCUCUUGAGAGAAAGCCUGAACUUCUUAACAUAGCUAGCUUCGAUAGCUGACCAGUGCUAGCUAGCUAGCUAAUUUCAUAUUCAGGUUGCACUAGCUAUUUUAAUUUAACCGUGAGAACGACUUCUUGAAGUCUACUAUUUGAACAAAUACCACUGCUUAUCGAAGUAGGAAAGAUAAUCUUUUUGUAAACAUUUUAGACUCUUCACAAAAGGAAUGCUGGUGUAGCAAACACUUCAAAAUAACAAUAUUGCAUCUGUUGUAUUAAUAUUGCAGUAAAUUGGCACAUGUCUAACCUAGAGAUAAGUUUUUGAUUUAAACUAAAGAGCAAUAUAAGGGGGCAUGAAUGGCCCAUCGUACCACUGUGAUAUCUCAUGGUGCAUCAUCAAAGCUACCUCCCUGCGUACCUAGUUUUCACUUAUAUUUACCUACCACAUCUUUUGUUCGUUUUGUCAUCCUUGCACAAUUUAGCAAGAGGCGUCUGCAUGCUUGAGAGUUUACACUGGCCACUUGAGGCAUAAGAAUCUUGUUUUAAAGUGAAGAUACCGGUGGUACACCUGAAAUACGCACAAGCAUUUUCAUGCACAGGCCUCUGCUUAGAAAAAGCCACAAAACAGAUGAUAAAAAUAAAUGAACUUUAAUAAUUCUAGCAUACAGCAGAUACUAUUUAAUAUAACAAUCGCUGGAAACUACAAUGUGAAAAUACUAUAAAUGAAAAAAAAAUGUUGCAAUGGUAUUUAAAUGUUGAACAAAUUUCAGAUUUUCAUGUUAAUGUUUUCCUGCUUCUUAGUUUAUUUUUAGGUUUAAUUCUAAACUCAUGAUGGCCGUCAAAGCUACAAAGCAACACUGUUACUGCCAUCUAUGUGCACAUUUUAUAAAGAAAUAAAUUAUAUACUUUGUUUUCCAUUCAACCCUAAUAAAACAGUAUUUUUUAUUAUAUUUUAUAGGAUCUGACAAUUGUGGGUUCUAUCAUAGUUGUUAAGGUGUUAAUAACCAGUCUGAUGUAAUGAGAAUGGACCCAAAAGAUUCUCUGCAUCAUUGUUCAAUCUUUUUAUUUAUUUUCAUUAUAACAGCUUUUUCUUGAUAUUUGUACUCUUUAAAUAAAGGAUAAGAACUGAAGUAAAGUGUGAAUUUCUGAAUUUCUGAAAUUGAUAUAUUAACAUAAUGAUUAAUGUUUGA